AUGGCCUCGCACGACGUCGAAAAAAACGGUCUCCACGCCAUUACCCCCCAGCAGGCCCUUGGAAAUAAUGGAGUUCUCCCAGCCUCCUACGGCCAGGCUGUUCGUCCAUCGAGGAUCGGCAAUCCAGGUGCUCUUGGAUUGUUCUCGUUCGCGUCGACCACGUUCAUGCUCUCGCUCUACAAUCUUCAGACGCGUGGUAUCCACACUCCUAACGUUGUUGUUGGUAUGGCCAUCUUCUGCGGUGGACUGGCUCAGUUGCUCGCUGGCAUGUGGGAGUUCCCUAGGGGCAACGUUUUCGGUGGAACAGCUUUCACCUCCUACGGUGCUUUCUGGUUGGCCUAUGCCACCAUCCUGAUCCCUGGAAGCGGAAUUGUCGCGUCGUACGCUGGAAAUGAGGACGAGCUCGCCAGUGCUCUCGGUAUCUUCCUGGUGGCAUGGAUGAUGGUCACCUUCUUCUUGCUUGUUGCCGCACUCCGCAAGAACGUUGGCUUCAUCGUCCUCUUCGCUUUCCUUACCAUCACCUUCGCUCUGUUAGCCGCCGGUGAAUUCAGCGGUAAAGUUAGUGCAACCAAAGCUGGUGGAGCAUUCGGUGUCGCCACAGCCUUCAUCGCCUACUACGUCGGUCUCAGCGAGCUCUUGGCUUCAGAAGAUAUGACAGUAGUCUCCCUCCCCUUGGGCAUCUUCCCCAAGCGCGUCGAUUGA